AUGGCUGUCAAGGGAAUUCCAUUAUGGCAGCAAAAGGCCGCUGAGGCAAGAGCCCAUCGCGAUGCCUCUCUCGCCAAGGUCGAGCCGCCGUUGAAGGGUGUACCAGCUGCCGAACAGCUGCCAAAUAACUCUCUGGAGCUGGUGCCUCAUGUUCUCACCCCGCGGGAGAUUGAGAUCACAGAGAGCUACACCGUCACCGAGCUGCUCCAGGUUCUUCGGGAGAGGAAGAUUUCGGUUGAAGAAGUCACGCGAGCUUUCUUGAGAAGAGCAGCGCUGGCCCAGGCUACGACAAACUGCGUUACUGAGCUCCUCUGGGAUCAAGCUAUCGCCCGCGCUAAACACCUAGACUCUUUACCCUUCCCCCAAGGUGCCCUCUUUGGCCUGCCUAUCUCGACAAAGGAACACCUUGGCAUGAUCGGCGAAAAUGUCACGUCCAACGCCUCCUUCGCUGCCUGGGUCGGCAAACCCCACGGCUCAAACCUCCUGUUUGAUAGCCUAUGGGCCGAGGGCUGCGUCUUCUUCGCCAGGACGACACAGCCGCAGGCAAUCAUGCAUCUGGAGACCGAGAGUAACGUGUAUGGAAGGACGGUGCACCCGUUGAACAGGGAGUUGACACCUGGAGGGAGUUCGGGAGGAGAGUCAGCGUUACUAGGUAUGAGGGGAAGUCUGUUGGGUAUUGGUGGUGAUAUUGGUGGCAGCAUCCGACUCCCUGCUUCCAAUACUGGCAUCUACGGGUUCAAACCGUCAACGAAGAGAAUCUCAACUUCCGGCCUUCGAGCCGCCUACCUGGGCCGUGAUACCAUCGCUGGCUGCCCUGGCCCCAUGACAGUAAGCCGCGACGGCCUCGAGCUCCUCAUGCGCGUCGCCCUGGCUGCGAAACCCUGGCGUGUAGAUCCCCUCCUCACCGUUAAAGACUGGACCCCCUUCAAGUUCACAACGCCACCUAAGGUCGCCGUGCAGUGGUGGGAUGGCGUGGUGAUGCCGCAUCCGCCUAUGAAAAGGGCGCUGAGGGAGGUGGCGGCUGCAUGUAGGAAGGCAGGAAUGGAGGUCGUGGAUUGGAACUGCGAGGGGUUGGAUCACGGUAAGGCUUGGGAAAUUGUGUCGGCUUUGUAUUGGCCAGAUGGGGGUAAGGAGAUGCUUGAUAUCUUAGAAGAGACAGGAGAGCCGGCGUUACCACUCACCAAGCAUAUUCUUUACGAGCAAACGUCAGCAAAGAACCGGACAUGUACUGAGAUGAUGGAGCUUAACCGCGAGCGAGACUCCUACCGCGCCAUGUACUGCAAAGCAUGGUCCGCCACCGCCACGCCCACCUCCCGCGAGGUCGACGUGAUCCUCUGCCCUCCGUCCUUUGGCAGCGCGCCUCCCCACGAGCAAUCGCGCUACUGGGGCUACACCUCGCAGUGGAACCUCUUGGACUACCCGGGCGCCGUGUUCCCUGUGACCAAGGUUGACCCUGCCGUUGAUGUCAAGGACGAGGGGUACCUGCCCAAGAACGACAUGGACAGGUUCGUGUGGGAGAUGUACGAUGGGGAGAAGAUGAAGGGGAGCCCGGUGAACUUGCAGGUUGUCGGGAGGAGACAGGAGGAGGAGAAGGUGUUGGCUGCGCUGGAGGAGAUUGAGCGUGCUAUGGGGCGGAAGUGA